AUGGCUACAGUCUCUAAGGAGCUGCUGUUUAUUAUGAGCCAUUUCUGCCUUGGCUUUAGUGACAAACCCUCCUUGCAAAUCCAGCAGGGAGAGGCUCACAAUGAAGGGAAGAGCUUGUAUGGAGUUGCCAGAGGGAUACUGAUUACCUUUGGGAUUAUAAGAUUUUUUUUUCCCCGGAAUUUUUGCCUCCCUCCCCUGUUUUUUUCUUAUAAGCCCUGGUCCUUUGGAUGGAGUUUUUGUCUCACUGGUCCCAUUUGGAAUGGAGCUUUGUUAAGCAAAACAAAAGGGGAGGCCAGUUUUGCCUUCGACAUCACAGGCGCCUCAGUGCAAUUUUCUGCUGCCGUUGCAUCUUUGCUCCUUGGCCCAUCCUGCUACUGCUUGCUGGCUGGGAUCACUGGGACCAGCUACCUGGGAGCAGUUCUGUUCCCCUUCCCCUGUGCUGACUUCCCAAACCUCUGCAAAGACCCACUGUGGUAUGAGUGAUACCCUCUCACCUUGAAAAUACUGGACCUGUGCUUGAGUCUGGCAGAUUUGGGUUUUGUGAUGACUUUUGCGAAGCUGCUGCAAUUUGGACAUUUAAACAUGAGCGUAGAGCCCUAG